AUGGCGUAUGGAAAACUGCACGUAAUACCAUUAAGUCUCUUCAUCUUAAUUCCGGUGACAUUCGUAAUUACAUACACUAUAUCGGUGCAAUGGGACCACGUGGUACCUGGAUUCCCUUAUAUAUCGGAGACUGGUACAUUGUCACCAGAAUCCUGCAUAUUUUCGCAAUGCUUGAACAUUGCGGCUCUUUUACUCGGAUGCUGUGUAUACAUCAGGCAUCGACAAAUACUACAAUGGCAGAUAGAAAGAGGCCACGAUCUCGUAGACAAAAAGAUUAUCACAGUGACAACGUGCUGCGGUAUCCUUGCUUGCUUCGGCCUCGAUAUACUCGCCAAUUUUCAAGACGCCCGCGUAGUCGCCGCUCAUAUGGUUGGAGCGAUGACUUGCUUCUCUGCCGGCACUCUCUAUUUCUGUCUUCAGACAUAUCUGAGCUACAAGAUGGUAUCAGCUGUGAAUGGCAUAAUUGUUGUUUAUUUGCGUGCAAUUCUCUCAGCUCUUACGUUAAUAUUGACGAUCGCUACGAUCAUCCUUGGUUACAUCUCGAUGUCAGAAUUUCAAGGUAACGAUUACAAAAAGUGGUUACCGGCAGAUGGUGGUUGGGGCUGGCACGUAGCAAGUACUAUAUGCGAAUGGGUUCUCGCGAUCGUCUAUUGCGCGUUUCUUCUCACUUUUGUUCCAGAAUUUCGAUUAAUUAAUUUUGAAGACCCCAUUGUUACGCUAAUAUAUUUGGAUAAUAUCAAAAGCUCAACAACUUCAGACAAACCGGAAGGAAUCACGCCACAAGACACGUAAAUUUUUUCCUCAGUGAAUGUUAAGAAAUAAAUACCACUUAAUUAAUAUACAAAUGAUUUUCAUCAUCCUUCAAAG